CAAAGAGCUUGUCAUCUUUUAUCUCUCUCUCAUCUCUGCCGUCGGCUUCUCUCCUUCUACUACCUCCCAAGCUCUCCACGCUCCAUCCGCAAGAGUUCGACGAUUCUCCGGAAACUCUUUAAAGUCUUCUUGUGCUGCUUCUAGGUUUCGCUGCCUCUCCUAGUCGCCUAUGUAUCUCUCGGAGCUGGAGAAGACGCUGGUGGUAGCAGCUCCAAUGGCUCAGCCUCACUCUCAGCCACUACAACUGAAGAUGAUGUAUAGUAGUAGUACGUUUGACGAUGGCGUCUCUGUCUUCCUCCCUCACCUAUCCUUCCGGUUAUUCUGUGGCUUUCUCACCGGUUAACGGUAUCAGACAUCGAUCACUCUCGUUCCUAUCUGCUUCUCCUAAAGGACUUAAAGCUGAUGAGCUCUGUGUUAGAUUCCAGAGGAAGUCUGGUCGUACUUCUGUCUUUAUGCAAGAUGGUGCAAUAGUUACCAAUUCAGAUUCAACAGAGAGUAGUAGUAGUAAGUCAUCUCUUAAGGGAUUGAAAGAGGAGGUGUUAUCAGUUCUGUCUCAAGAAGCAGACAAGGUUGGAUCAGAAUCCGAUGGUCAGAAUCAGUCGACUGUUAGUAUCACUGUCGUUGGUACCUCUGGUGAUCUUGCCAAGAAGAAGAUCUUCCCUGCUCUUUUCGCACUUUAUUAUGAAGACUGUCUUCCCGAGGGUUUUGACGAGUACAUGAACCUAGUGUUGGAUGAAGCUGAAGAAGUGAGCCUCAAGAAGAUUAACAGGAAACCACUUGGUGAGUUUACUAAGAAACAAAAAAGUCCUACCAAUAAUCUAUAUUUUUAGGAUUGUCCUUAGCAAAAUCUCUUAAGGACAAAGUAAUAAUAAAAUAUCUUAAGGACUAAAAUUAAGUCCUAGCAAUAAUGAUGCUCUUAUAGUUUGUCCUUUUCUCUACUGUCAAUUAGCUUGUUUCACUAAUCCCUAAGACCAAAAGAAAUCUAAAACAAUUAGCUUGGCUCUUGUUUCACUAAUUUUUAAUAAAUAAAUCUUUCAGUUGAAAAAAGAUAUAAGAAACCGAAUAUUCUUUUAUUCCUCACACAUAAUGGAACACACCUGAGUGGUACAUCACAUGGGAUUACAACACCACACACACAUUCAAACACAACACAAAGCGUAAUUAACGCUAAACAAAACCAAACCGGAAACAAACUUAACGAAGCACAUAGACAAUUAAUA